AUGGCCGCUGUUAUUAAGGCGAUCAACGCCAAGAUCCGCUCCAACAAGGUUGCUGACUAUGUCUGCUCGACUCACUUCUGGGGCCCCGUCUCCAACUUCGGUAUUCCCUUCGCCGCUGUGAUGGACACCCAAAAGGACCCUGAUAUUAUCUCCGGCCCCAUGACCGGUUGUCUGGUCGUCUACGCUGUCACCUUCAUGCGCUACUCUCUCGCCGUCACCCCUGCCAACUACCUCCUCUUCGGCUGCCACUUGACCAACUUCUGUGCCCAGUCCGUCCAGGGAUACCGUUACCUGAACUACUGGAACUGGGGCGGCCGGGAAGCUUCGCUCGCCGCCAAGGCCGCUCAGGGCGCCAAGGCCACUGAGGCCGGUGCUUAG